AAGGUUGAGUGUUUCCCAUGCUAACGGAGAUAAGAUAAGAGGCACUGAAGCUCAUUUCUUUAGCCUGUAGGGAACUGGUCCAGCUCUCAUCAUGGCUGCCACUGAGAUACAUCCACUGUCAUUUCACUCAGUUUGAAACCUUCCCUGAGCAACAAAAAUUAUUUGACUGCAGCUGAGAAGUUGAAAUAUUUAGUGUUGAGAGCCCUACUUCCUGUCCAGUCCCAGGUAGGCGGGACUUAGCCCCUCUACCUAUUGUGCCACACCUGAACUGAUAGGAGGCCUGGACGAGGCCCUGCUCAGCCUCUCCCUUUGUUUGCUCCAUCAUUUUAAUCUGCAUGUGAGAUUUCCUGAAGUUAUAUCUCCUGACGUUGACCGUGCAUUGGAUGCGUUACUCGAGUUCACCUGAGGAUCAUCAUAAUGGCCAAGUUUCUGUGGAGCUGUGCAGCACUGUUGACUCUCUGUGUUUCAGCUGAGUCCCUCAACUGUUUCACCUGUAAUCAGACUUUGCUCGGUACCUGCUUCCUCAUUGCACCUGUAAAUUGUACUGAAACUCAAAACAGGUGCUUCACCGCAGUUGCAGGCUUUUCUGUCGACAUCCUGAAUAUCAAGGAACUAGGCUGUACAGAAGAAUCCGCCUGCAGGAAUGGAACAGGAUCUAUCCUUGGUUAUAACUACACCAUCACCAAGACCUGCUGCAGCACCGACUUAUGUAACAGAGAUGCCUUCAACACUGCCAGUGCAGGACCUACAGUUUUGACAAAAGGUUUUCUUCUCACCCUGACAUUCGUCAUCGCCCGUCUGUUGCCAUCUACAUCUUGUUUAUAGAUUCAGCCGUGCCGCACGUCGUCAGAGGGGAUACAUGGAUUCUCAUAUUGUUAAACUGUGAAUAUGUCUUGUGAAAUGUACCCCACCAAGAGGUAUGAUGGUCAUUUGAUUAAUAAUCAAACUUCAUGUUGAAUUUUUACAGUAACCAUUUUAGAUAAUAAGCUGUUCUUUGACUGUUCAGUGUAACUUUUAUAGAAGCUCAAUUUUUUCCACAACAGAUAUUUUAUUCAUUUCAGCUGUUGGAUGGUCCAGUUUUAUCUAUCUGUGUGCACUAUCCAUAGCUAUGUCAAAGUUUGUGCAAAUACAUGGAAAAUAUAUGACUAGAGUACAAUGUUAUACUAUAUAUAUACUACUAUAAUGUUUGUAUAACUUGAGCCAACAAUCGACAGUUUUGUGUCCCCCCACUGAACAUCUCAACACAUGAGUAAAUGUGUGUACACAGUGUGUAAUGUGCUUAUACGGUAUUAUUUAAUUUAGUAAUGUUAAGGCUUCUUAAACUUUUUUCUAUUGUUCAUCCUCCUCCAGCAGGACUCUGCUGACCUUUGAACUUUUGGAAAUUGCUGCAGAGCAUCAAAACCAAAAUACAGCAUAUUACCAUUUGCAACAAAAAACACUGGAUCAUUGGUAUAGGUAAUUCAUAAAGCAUUCGAUAUUAUUAACUUUAUUAAUACAACUGUUAAUUAAACUGUAUAAACCAUAAAGAAAUGGGAUACAUUAAGGUACAGAAAAACAAAAGCUGAAAAAGUAUGCAUAAGCCUCCAAUGGAUCUUUAAAGUCUUUUCAGUAAGUGCAGGAAAAAAUAAUGGUUAACACACUGACAUCUUAGAUAACACAUCCACGUGUUCACCUUGAGAGGUUAUGGAACAAAGUCUGUGUGUUUGUGGUUACAUCUAGAGCCUGUUUGAUAAAGGUAGUUAAAGCCAAGCUAAGCUAAACAUCUCAGCUCACAUGAGUCUUUACAAAGAAGUGAAUGAGUGGAUUUCCCAAAACAUCAAGUUAUUCCUGCUUUAAGUGGAUUUUAAAAAGAAUGCAAAACAUUUAGUAACUAUGAAUACAUUUAAAGUUGUCACAACUUUAGACCACAGUAAAUGCUAACAAAUAACAAAGUAAUAGUUUGAAUAGUUAGCUAGUACAUUUGGAGAAAAAUGCUAAUUUGCUUUCUUGCAGAGUGUUAGACGAGUAGAUUGAUACCAUACAUUGUCUGUUCAAUAUGAAGCUACAGGUAAGAGUGGCCAGUUAGCUUAAUUUAGCUUAGCUUAGCUUAACUUAGCGUAAAGACCAAAAACAAACAACAAAGCUAAAAAUUGUUGUAUAUUUCAUUCUGGUUUUUGUACAGAUUAAACAAAUGAGUUGUAAAAUGUUAAUUAGUGAGUUUAAACAGAAGCAGGGUAGCUGCUUCCUCAUGUUUCCAGUCUGUUCAGCUAAGCUAACCUGCUGUACAGACAUGUUUUCUUAUAUAACUCUGAGCAGAAAAAGCAAAUAAGUGCAUUUCCCAAUGUCAAACUAUUCCUUUCAUGUUUUUAACCUGGUUGAAGUGGACUUGGGCAUUGUUCAAUCUUUAACCAAACACUGCUUCGUUGUUUUUUGAUAUCAAAACAGAAACUUAAAACCCAUGAUAUACAGCAGUUUCGUUAAUGUUUCACAGCUUCUGUUCCAUUCAUUUAUAUUCUGUGUUGUUAUCUACACAGAGGUAAGGUAAAGGCUGAAUUUCCAUGAUCUAUGUGGAAAUGUAAGGAUAUACUAUUCUAUUGUCGCUCCACAACAUAAGAAUAAAGGGAGUGUCUCUACACAGAGAAAACUAAUAUUUGUCGAGGAGUUACUCAUUAUUGUCCAAAGUCUUGUUCUCUUUUGUAAUCGGAUGCUUUUGAAAGUGAUUAUGAUCUCGAUUUUCAAUGAGCCAUGAGUUCACAAAGGUUUAAAUACACACAUGCACAAGUAUAUUCAUCUCUGUGCACAGUUUUGUUUGUUUGGCUUUUAGCUCUCCUCUAACAAACCUCUGUGUUUAUAGCAUCAGCAUUUUAAAGAAUACAUGAGGGGUUUGACAAAUAAAAAUCAACAAAGUUGACAUCCUUUUUAAAUCAACCAAUCUGAGAUCCCAAUACUAAACCACUGACAUAAAAUCCAAUAACCAGAGCUGAUGAAGCUCAUUUGAAACCCACUCACCUGGACAUCUCUUUGAACGCAUCUGUUGCAUUUGGAUCUUUUUAUUUGUGCUGAUAUCUCAAUAAAACACACACCUGAAGAAGAGUAAAAUGAACAAAUUGCUGUUGGUCUGUGCAGUGUUUAUGGCAAUGUUUUUUGCAGGUAGGAUCAUGCUGUUCAUCUGAUUAUAUUUUGU